AUGAGCAUGCAGAACCCAAAGCCUCUGUAUGAGCUGGCCAAGCAGAGCCUGCUGAAGAGUGACACCAUAGCCAGCACUACUCUGCAUGACCUGCCCAACAUGAUCUUCCAUGACUUAUUCAUUGAUGCCUUUAUAAGGGAACACAAUGAGGUCCUGAAAGGGAUGGUGCAGGCCUGGCCAUUCCCCUAUCUACCUUUGAGGACCCUAAUGGAUUUGAGGAUGCCAUAUACUCAGUAUGCAGAAAUCACACUGCAAAAGAGAAACCUACACUCGCUACAAGCCAUACUGGAUGGAAUUGAUAGACAGCUGUCUCAGAAGGUUCGGCACAGCAGGUGGAAACUGCAGGUGCUGGACUGGAGACAUGUACACCGGGACUUCUGGACUGUAGGACCCAGAGCCAUGAAUGCUGCUCACAUGGUCGAUGCCAGAAAUGAGGACAUUUACAAGCCUGCUUUAUGUGUGAAGAAGCCAGCCUUGAGAAUAUUCGCAAACCUUUGUUUUGUUGCCUUGAGUCCAUUUUCUGCCACUGAGGACAACUUACAACUCUGCCUCUUGAAGUGGGCCAGGAAGAGAAAAGCUUCCGUACCCGUGUACUGUGAGAAGUUGUUGAUCAAGUCCACCGCUAUAUUUAAAGUCCUGAAGCUUCUGCAACCUGUUCGACUGGAUUCCAUCCAUGAACUGGAGGUGUUUAGUGACUGGGGUAAGGAAGGCAUGAAAGCAUUUGUUCCUCAGCUCAAGAGGAUGAAAAACCUUCACACAUUUCACUUUAGCAAUGUCAGUCCUGAAAUAUUUCCUUCACCAUUGGAAAAGAAGUGGUAUUCCCACUUCUAUGCUAUUCACUUCGGACAGCUGAAAAAUCUCCGGGACCUUCAUCUAGAGGAAGUUUUCUUCCUGGAGGGAAAUCUGCCUAAGAUCAUCAGGAGCCACACCCCCUUGGAAGUCCUCUCCUUGACUUUAAGUCCACUGAAGGAAUGUGACCUGCAGCAUCUGUCCCAAUGUGCAAGCACAAGCCAGCUGAAGUCCCUUAGUCUCAGGUGGAUUUCAAUGAAAUCAUUCAGUUCUGAGACCCUUCCAGUUCUGAUAGACAAACUGGCUCUCACCCUGGAGAACCUGGUCCUAGAGCACUGUGAUAUCACAGACUCCCAGCUCCUUGCCAUCUUGCCUGCCCUCAGUCGUUGUUCCCAGCUCAAAACUUUCAGUUGCUAUGGGAACCACUUCUCCAUGUACAUCCUUCAGCUCCUGCUGUAUGUAACUGCUGAACUGAGCCACUUAAACGAGGGGCUGUAUCCUGCCCCACUGGAGAGCUAUGAGUCCAGUAUUCCAACAAAGUUUGUGCACCCUGAGCUUUUUGCCCAGGUCCGUGCUGAAUUAACAGAGGUUCUAAAUGUCAUCAGGCCAUUUCUCAGGGUCCAGAUCUGUACUUACUCCUGUCAUCUGUGCAAGCUAUGUCAUUUCUAUCGCCUGGAGCCCAGUGGAAACUGGGAAGUCACAGAGGAGUAUCGUCACCCAGGUGUCAUUAGAUGCUACAGCUGUAUGCAUCCUCAACUGGAUGAUGGUAUAUUUUUCAUGUAG